AAGGUCUCACGGCCGGGGGGGUACUGUUUGUGAAUGGCUUCAAAGUGACUGAGAUGUGGAAUGAUGUAUAAUGUUUUAUCGGCACUUUAGCAGAUUUUGCUUUUAUUUGAUGUGACAUUCUCCAGGACUGGAUUGUAACGGGGAAACGAUGUCGGACGCCGAAAGUGCUCGCAGUCCAGACCAGCUGAAUAAAUUCGAGAAACUGACAGGCAGGCCGCCGCUCGAUGAGACGUUAGCAGGUCAUCGUACUCCCCCCGCCCGCAGUGGGCAUCGCUGUGUUGCUGACAACACUAACCUGUAUGUAUUCGGAGGGUACAACCCCGAUUAUGAUGAGUCAGGAGGCUCAGAGAAUGAAGACUAUCCACUGUUCAGGGAGCUCUGGAGGUACCACUUUGCCACAGGCUGCUGGCAGCAGAUUCGAACAGAGGGCUAUAUGCCCACAGAGCUGGCGUCUAUGUCAGCUGUUCUGCAUGGCAACAACCUCCUGGUGUUUGGCGGUACUGGGAUCCCCUUUGGUGAAAAUAAUGGCAAUGAUGUACAUGUUUGUAAUGUGAAGUACAAGCGAUGGUCACUGCUUAACUGUCGGGGGAAGAAGCCCAACAGAAUCUAUGGACAGGCGAUGGUUAUCAUAAACGGUUUCUUGUACGUGUUUGGAGGGACAACAGGUUACAUCUACAGCACAGACCUGCACAGGCUGGACCUGACCACCAGGGAGUGGAUCCACCUUAAGCCCAAUAACCCUCCUGAUGACCUGCCUGAGGAACGGUACAGGCAUGAAAUAGCACAUGACGGACAGAGGAUUUACAUUCUGGGAGGAGGAACCUCCUGGACAUCAUACCCUCUGGACAAGAUACAUGCUUACAAUCUGGAGACCAAUUCCUGGGAGGAGAUUACAACUAAACCUCAUGACAAAAUAGGGUAUCCUGCUCCCAGGAGAUGCCAUAGCUGUGUACAAAUACGAAAUGGUGAGAAUUUACCAUAUGUAUUUAUUUGUGGAGGCUACAAUGGGGAAUUGAUAUUAGCUGAUCUGUGGAAGAUCAACCUGCAGACUUUCCAGUGGAAUAAACUACCAGCAGUGAUGCCUGAGCCGGCCUACUUCCACUGUGCUGCUGUCACGCCAACUGGCUGCAUGUACAUCCAUGGGGGUGUGGUGAACAUCCAUGAGAACAAGAGAACUGGCUCUCUGUUUAAGAUCUGGCUGGCUGUGCCCAGCCUGCUGGAGCUAUGCUGGGAGAAGCUCCUCAAGGCCUUUCCACACCUGGCUUCACUCCCCACCAUGCAGCUACUCAACCUGGGCCUCACACAGGAACUCAUUGAACGCUUGAAAUAGGCCGCACAGUGGCGGACGGACAAAUGAAUGGAUGGGAAGGGAAGGGCUGAACUGGGAGGAGAAGAGGUCUGACAGAGCACAGAAUUUAAUUCACAGGAAAAUGCCCUCUCCCUCCCCUGCCUAACGUAGCCCCGCCUUAAAACCAAAAACAAUGGGAUGCCUCUUGUUUUGGGUUGUUGUUUUUUUUUUUUGUUUUUUUUUUGCAGUUUCAGUGAUAAAGAACAUAAAUGUGGAAUGUUUUAUGGAUUUUACUCAAACCCCCCCAUCACCAUUGUUUCUUACGUGAUGCCUUUGUGUCAAGCUUAAUAUGAAUAUCUGCCCGCUUAUCCCCCAAACUGACACCCGGAAAUACUUUAUUUUGCCAUGUAAUGUUUUCAGAACUAUCCUCUCCCAUUUUUAAGAAAUCGGCCUUCUCUAGUACUUUUAAGAAUUCUGUGCAAAGGAAGAAUGCAUGUGUAUUUAUUUGAAGGACUAAAUCAGUUUUUCAGGGGGUAUUCUCAUCACCUGAGAUUGCUGUUUGCACACUUUGUCUUGCAUAUUUAUGGACAUCUACUUUUUUUUUUUAAUAGAUCCUAUAAGCAAAGUACUGUUCUCAGUCUAAAAAGUGUCAGUGGUUUUGCCAAAGGACCAUGUUGGUGGUGUUGCAUAUUUUAGCCAGUUUAACUCAAAACUCAUAAUUUAUUACUGCAGACAUGCUGUAAUCUUUUUGCAACAUUCCAGCCUUUUAUGUGAGUUUUCUCCCUAGGGUAUAAAAAUCUCCCACAAGCUUGAAACUGGCUUGAAUUAGAGAUAAUCACUGAUUUUCAUGUGUUUUUAUUGUUAUGUUAUCCUGCAUAACUUUGACAUAAACUAAAGCAUACAUGGUGUUAAUUGCGAGGGAUUACCAUUCUUAAAUUAAGUCUUUCCCGAGUUUUUAUACUGUGUGUCUGCCCUAACUAAGUUAUGGUAUGUCUUUAAAAUGGUCAUGAGUAAUUUGUGGUAAACUGGCUAAAACAUGCAGAAACACUGAUGCUCUUCAUUGGUGCGUGAAGAAAAGGUUCACUGCUGGUUAUGCUCAUGUCUGAGCCCUUGUAUCUCAUGUAAUUUCCAUUAUACAUUGUUACAGCCUAGUCUGGAAAACCACCUGCAAAAAAAAAAAAAAUGAAAGGAUGGUGGGUAUCUUCAAAAUGAUUUAAUUUCUAUCCUGUUUGCUUGCAGCUAUCAUUUGUAAAAAAACAAAAAACAAACAUGCAACACAUCACUGUGAAUUUGGUGCUCUUUAAAAUUAAUUUUAAAUGCUUUUAUUUGAAUAAAGACUUAAUUCUGUUCUGACAUUUACUCCCUCUCUGUUGGUGACACAAAAUGUUUUGCAUAUGGAAUUUAGUAGCAGGCUUAAACAAAUGUUUGUUUAUACUGCAGUGCCUUUUUCAAACUUUUAAUGAGAUUGAAAUUUCACAAAUACAGGCAGUAUAACAUCUUUGCAUGUUGAGACAAAGGAUCUCUGUUGAAAUUAGUUUAAGUUAACAUUUGUACCAUUUUAAACAAGCCAUUACAUAAAAUCACCCAACAUCUUGGUGGCAAACGCACAAUUGUGUAUUAUGUUUCAACGAUGCAGAAGUUUUAUAUUCUGUUCCUGUUAAUGGCCAGACACUAGACUCCAGGACAGGAUGCAGCAUAUUUUGGAUAUUAAUCCUAAAAGGUACUUAUUCAGCGUGUCAUGUUAAUGUGUUAAAUACAGUGUUUGUUUAAUGAAUUUUAACUGAUGCCAAAUAAUGUUGCUCCUUGAAGAAAGAGUGAUUAUGAUGAGGAAUGAGAGGUUAGUCGAGACCCAGGGUGGAAUGUUGCUCGAUGGUUUGAUCUGCCUGCACCCUUUUUGUUCUGCAUAAUAAAACUACUUUAUGCAUGACACCAUGACCUACCUUUUAAAUUAACAUCAAUCCUUCACUUUGGGACGUAGUUUAAGGUGACCACUAAAAUGUUGUACAGUAGGCUUGUAUGAAUGUUGUGUUGGAGUUCUGUCAAUAAAAAUUGUUCUGUAAAUA